CACUUCCUUUUCUUCCCUCCCUUCCGGCUCUGAGGAGAAAGAAGGCGGGAAUUCCACUCACUGAAGGAACUUUCUGAGUCUUUUCCUGAGGAUGUCUCGUGGGCGGGAGCGGGUGGUGGCGCUGGCCGACAUGGAUUGCUUCUACAUCCAAGUAGAGCAGCGCCUGCAGUCCAGUCUGCGCGGGAAGCCCUGCGUCGUGGCCCAGUACAAGACCUGGAAGGGCGGCGGAAUAAUUGCUGUGAGCUAUGAAGCACGUGCUUUUGGAGUUACCAGGAACAUGUGGGCUGUUGAUGCCAAGAAGCUGUGCCCAGAUCUCCUGGUGGCUCGAGUGCCAGAGGCGCAUGGUAAAGCAGACCUCACCAGGUACCGAGAGGCAAGCGUGGAAGUGAUGGAAGUCAUGUCUCGCUUUGCUGUGAUUGAGCGUGCCAGCAUUGAUGAGGCCUAUAUGGACUUAACUAGUGCUGUACAUGAAAGGCUUCAAAAGAUGAAGGGACAGUCUAUUGAAGCAGAACAAUUGGCCACUACCUAUAUUGAAGGAUUCCCAGACAACUUUGCAUUAGAAGAGACUACAGAUAACAAAGAAGAGUGGCGGCAACAUGGUUUGCGCCAGUGGCUUGAGUCACUGCCUUUUGAAGAUUCCAGCAAUCCAGAGCUGCAGCUGACAGUGGGAGCUGUCAUUAUGGAAGAAAUGAGGGCAGCUGUGGAAUCCGUCACUGGAUUUAGGUGUUCUGUUGGGAUUUCUCAUAACAAGGUAUUAGCAAAACUGGCUUGUGGCCUCAACAAACCUAAUCGUCAGACUCUGGUGUCACAGGCUUCUGUCCCUCAGCUCUUCAGUAAGAUGCCAAUUGGAAACAUCCGCAACCUUGGAGGGAAGCUGGGCGCCUCUGUCGCUGAACUUCUUGGUGUGGAAUAUGUGGGACAGCUGACCCAGUUCAGUGAACAACAGCUUCAAACACAUUUUGGAGAUAAGACUGGCUCCUGGUUGUAUGACUUGUGCAGAGGAAUUGAGCAUGAGCCUGUGAAACCUAGACAGCUGCCAAAAUCCAUUGGCUGUAGUAAGAACUUCCGUGGAAGAGAAGCUUUGGUUACGCAGAAGCAGGUACAACACUGGCUUCUGCAGCUGGCCUUGGAGCUGGAAGAGAGACUGAACAAGGACAGAGAUCAAAAUAACAGGACAGCUAAACAACUGAGCAUUGGGAUUCGUAUGCAGGGUUCCAAAAAUGCCAGUGGCCUGUCUCGCUGCUGUGCGUUAUCUCAGUAUGAUGCCCACAAAAUCAGCCGAGAUGCCUUUGCAGUAAUCCAGAACUGCAAUGCUGCAGGGGGGCUGCAGGCUGCAUGGUCUCCUCCAGUCACCCUGCUUCAGCUGUCUGCAACUAAGUUUGUAGAGGAGAUGACAUCUUCUGGGGACAUUACUGCCUUCCUGAGUAAUGAUAGCCAAUAUUCCCAGCCUGCCAACAUCAGUGCAGAAAUCCCAAAUGCCAGAUCCCUUGGAAGCCCCAAAAAGGAGACAAAUAAGAAGCCCACGAAUGCUAUUCAGAUGCUGUUUCAAAAGGCAGCAGAGAGGAAACAGGCCCAGGUGGCAGCUGGGUCCUCUCUUCCUGGUGUCUCUAAUGAAAGGGCAGUGCAAUCAACUGAAGAAUCUGCUGACUUCCCUGAUGAAGGAUUCAUCUGUGCCAGCAGCCAGACUCCACAAGAACCAGUGGAGCGAAAUAUCAGCAAAAGCAAACAAAACUGUGUGCCAGAACAGUUCUGUCUAGAACAGUCUUUACCCAUCUCUGACCCUUUGAUUUGUUCUGGUUACACAGCCCCUUUGGAAAUAGCAAAAUCUGAAGCCUCAUCAGAGCUUGAACUAUUGAAAGAAAAGACAGUGCAGUCUCCCAGAUUUUCCUGGACAGGAGCCGAUAGCUCGACUCCUUCCUCCUCAGAUGACUGGAUAUUAUGUGAAAAAUGUAAACAACAGGUUGCAGUGUGGGAGUUCACGGAACACUUGGACUAUCAUUUUGCUGUGGAACUGCAAAGCUCUUUCUCAGGAUCCAGCUCCUUCAAGCCACCUACACCUGUUGGCAGUUUCCCGCCAAAAGGCAAAAGCAAAUCCAGGGCACACGCAGCCUCUAGUGCCAAACGGCCAAGGCAGGACACAGUCAGGACAUUGGAUUCCUUUUUUAAGCGGCUGCCUCCUUAAAUGGCAGCUCACUUGAGCAACUGGCAAUCCGUUUCAGAGAACAAAAGUGCAAUUUUCCUAAUAAACUAUGCUUAAUAAAUCCUGCAAGGAACUAAUGGUGUUGUGAGGGAAAGAAAGCUUUCAUAACAGACUUGUUUCUGCUGCUCCAUUUCUUCUGUCAAUUGCAGCCUUAUAUGAAAUCAGGGUUGCUGUAUCAAGAUGCUACUGAAAGGAUACACCCAAUUGUGAUGGCCUUAGUGGCAAUAUAUGUAGUAAUCGCAAGCAUUUUUAUGUAAAUGCUUCUUCAAUUAUUAGAUCAACUGCAAGAAGUGUAAAACUCUGCUUAGAAUCAGUAAGUGAUAUGAUAUGGGCUGUUUCAGUACUUUUUGCAAAGUGUCCACUCAUUUUGCCAUUGAACCUGUCACAUCGAAUGGGUUGUUUGAUGGUUCUCAGCAUGUGAUUUUUAACUGGGAUUAAAGCCAGAGAAAAAAAUUGCGGGGGAACACAUACAGGUAGCCCCCAAGUUACAAACAUCUGACUUACAAAUGACUCAUAGUUAAGAACAGGGUGGGACAACAGGAAGUGAGAGAAAUCUACCCCUAGGAAGGGAAAUUCACUUCUGAAAGACUUAUCAUGGGGAAAAGGUAUCUCAACGGAAGCUGUAUGAGUAAUCCUUGUUUCCACAACAAGCCAAAUUUUUCAAAAUCCAAUUGUCACAAGGACAGAAAGUGAGGUGAACUCUUCUGGACAGGGGCACAGACAGCAAAACAAACAGCAGCAGGGCGUUAAACCUUCCCUAUGCUAUCCAAAGUACACACACACACAAAAUGUCUGGAGUUAAUUUGUACAUGAGGCUGGCUUAUGCAUGUGAAUAUACCGUAUUUACUUGAGUCUAAUGCACCACUGGAUCUAAUGCGCACCUGUUUUUGAAAUCCUGAAACCAAAAAAGCUAUUUGCUGCUGAAUGUAAAGCACAAUAGCAAAAAGUGCACUCUGUCAUUUGGACAAACGUGUGCAUUAUAGUGGCUUCCAGCUUAGAAUUCCUUUUUUUAAAACAAGUGUGUUCGGACAUCAAAGCUUUCAGCAACGGAAAAGAAAACCUUGGAGUGCAUCUAUGCUGUAGAAUGAAUACACUUUAACUGCCCUGGCUCAGUGGGGGAUGUAGUUGGGGAUCAUGGGGGCUACGAAGGAAUGCUGAAGCCUCACCAAACUACAAAUCCCAGCAUUGCAUAGCAUUGAGCCAUGGCCAUUAAAUUAGAGAUUAUGUCCCUCAAAGAGGAGCUUCUGAAGCAGCUUCCCCUUUUGCUUUGGCUCAGCCGCAAGAUUAUUGUAUAACUCUAAUCUAAUGUGCACCCCAAUUUUGUGCAGGUAAUUUAGUCAAAAAAGUUGAGCAUAAGAUUGGAGUAAAUAGAGUACUAUAUGCAAAGACUCCACAGCAAAGAUUUCAAGUGAUUCAGAAUGGUAGCUUGGAUUUUCUGCAUGGAGAGCACUUCAGAGUAAAUCCUCAUGCAGAUGGGUUUCCACCAUGAGUGCAUGUUGUGAUCACCUGGAGAUUAGAAUAAAUUAUUAGAAUCAA